GCGCAAACAACCAGACCCCAAUCCAAUCCCAUCAUGCUCAGGCAAUCCUUGAAACCCUAUCAGCUCGAUUCAGUGUUAUCUAUUGUUUUUACAGGGGGGAUUCGGCUGAAUAGGGGUGUUUUCCAGGAUGUCCGUAACGCUCCAUACCACCCAUGGCGACCUUAAAGUAGAAGUGUUCCAUGAAGCAACACCAAAGACUGCAGAGAACUUCCUCGCCCUCUGCGCCUCGGGCGCGUACAACAGCACCCCCUUCCACCGCCUCAUCCCCUCCUUCAUGAUCCAAGGCGGCGACAUCUCCCUCUCUAAAAGCGAAACCCCCGCCUCCCUCCCCUUCGAAAUCCCCAAAGGCGGCACAUCCAUCUACCACCCGACCCCGCUAACCCACGAAAUCCACCUCCCCACCAUCCGCCACAAUGCCCGUGGCAUCCUCAGCAUGGCGAGCAAAUCGUUAAAAUCACAAUCUGCCUCUGGCGUCAUGGAGACCACGGAGGUCAAUGGGAGUCAGUUCUUCAUCACGUUUGCGCCGGCGCCGCAUUUGGAUGGGAAGAGUACGGUUUUUGGUAAAGUGUUGGCGGCGGGUGAGGGGGAGCCUGGUGGGGUCGUGCUGGAGCGGCUGGAGAAGGCGAAGGUGAAGAUUGACAAGAAGGGGAGGGUUGUACAGCCGUCGUCGAUGGGGGAGGCGGAGGUGAAGGAGAAUGGGUGGGAGGCUGUGGGGAUCGAGAGGGUGACUAUUCAUGCGAAUCCAUUUGCGGUAUGAUGUGUCUCCUGGCAUCUCUGGGGGGAGGGUGGUGGUGGUGGUGGUGGUGGUGGUGCGCAGGUGGGUAUGAUACCGGUUUUCGGGCCAGAUUUGAUACGAUUCGAUGUGUGUGUGCGGUUGGCUGUCGAGGUGCUGGCUUCCCAUGUUUUGUGAUGGAGCCUGCCAAACUACCCAGUCGUCGUGUUCACACGCUCACAUGUAGCCCACACGAUCAGGGCUACCUGGUGCUGCCCUCAGUUCGCGGGAAUAUUUUCCGUCGACAACCUUAAUUGUCCCGGUGUAUGAGAGGAGAAUACAGGACGAAGAGGGAGGAAUGCUUAACCGGUGGAAUUGGUUAAAUCAUUUGCAUAGAUAUAACCAAAUUUACGAUGAACUGAUUUCCUAGAUGACGAAGGGAGAUAAAUGAUGGAUGAAACAGUUUACAUGGAAGGGAAAUACAUGUACAAUAAAAUACGGUCUCUUAGAUGAGAUGCGAAAUAUUGCAUCGCGGGAAUCAUUCUAUGUAUUUUUUUUCUGUCUAACAUCUAGAAGGAAUUUAUGACACAACAGCAAGGCGCUAGUGGUAUGUAUAAAGGACAUCGGGCUGUCUCGUAACAAUGGAAGUCUGCUGUGGGUACAGAAGGUUGCAUGCGGAAUAAAAAGGUGAGGGGUCAGGAAGAUAGUGAGGGUUGUACAGAAACAGAGCGAUGGCAUUUCUCGCUGGGGUCAGGAAGAUAGUGAGGGUUGUACAGAAACAGAGCGAUGACAUUUCUCGCUGUUCUCAUGUCCCACCGCCUUGGUUUAAGGAAGGGGUAAAAGUGAUUCCCAAAGCCAUGCUAGAAUAACACACAAACGUGAAUGCAAAAAUCGUUAUGAUUUUUGCUCCGCUUCAACAGAUGGAGCGGCUUCGGUUGUGUUAUCCUCUUCAUAACCCUCAGUCCUCAUAUCCUUCAAGCCUAGCUCAUCCUCCUCUUCAUCCGUACGUGUGUAGUCCUCGAUCUUAAUCCGCGGAUCGGGCUCCGGCGAAUACAGAUCUUGCACAUAGCUGUUGGCAAGCGGGUCCUCUAGCGUAACAGUAAACUUCAGUUCUCCCUUGAUGGCGGAAUUGAGGCGUGUAAAGAACCGAUCCCAGAUCGCCUUGUCUCCCGUCUGCAUGGAGUCACCAGGAGCAAGGUCCUCGUCCCCCGUUUCGAAAAUUUGCCCGUGAAGCUGGUCGCGGACUUGAGUGAGCAGACCCUCUACAGUAGUGAAUCUCCCUCCAAGCGUGCCUGGCUGCACGGAGAGAUCGAGCUCACUGCUCGUCAUGGCACAUGUGUCUGACUUCAAAACGUCGCGGGAGAGGUCCGAAAGCUCCGCUACUUCAAGAAUGAUUCUUCGCCCCUUCUCUGGAGUAGCGCCGCCUGUCUUCACUUCGUUGGUGCGAUAUCCGCAGUGAUCGCAAACAGUGCUCCAGAUGAAUACCUCCUUGAAGUGUGGAAUGUUAACUUUCUGCAUGUUAACGACGCAGGCCUUAGUGCAACCGGGACAUUCCGAUGGUAGGGUAUAAACUUGGCCAUCGAUGAUAUCGAGGUCGC